GGACCAUAACUCUGGUACAUAAAAGAUGGACUAUGAACAGUUGUGUAGUUUAGUCUUAUUAGGCAGAACCUGAGUACACAACUAAGUGUAGCUAAAAAAGUAAAUACAUUUUGGUAUUGUUGAUUUUCAAAUAGAAGGAAAAGCAACGUCAUGGCUAACAGAGACCGAGCAGCCAAUCAACUAGCUGAGUUUAAGGAGAAACAACUGGUAGGCUAAUUUAAAGUUGAUUCAAUUCUAUUCUAUUAUUUCUAAUAAAUAAUCAAUAAUAAUCAAAUCUAAGAGUCUAAGACUAAUUCAAAUCUCAUUCUCCACCCACCUCCAUGACCAAGACAAAACAUUCCAGAUACAACUUGAUUUUGAGCUUGACUACUUGCAAGUAAAUAAAAGGGUGAUAGAGUAUAGUAAAGACUUACUUAAACUUAAUUUAAAUGUCUUCAAGUAGCAUAGUUAAAAUUUACCCUACUGAAGUAAAGAAGUGAAGGAGCAUGCACAUGAUAUAAUAUAAUGAAUGACUGAUGAAAUGACAAUGAUAAUGCGAAACUCAUUUAUAUCAUUAUUAUUAAAAUAAUUAGUACAAUUUUUGUAAAAUAUAAUUUCUGGCGUUUUGCUUGAAGUUUGCUAGUUUCUGAUUGUUUUUGGACUAAUUCACCAUUAUUUUUCUGACAAAAAUUUUGGUAGGAGGCAUCCUUUAAGUACAUCAACAAUUUUUAAGCAAUUUUUGACACCCCCCCCCCCCUGUAAUUAUGUCAACAUUUUUAGAACAACCCCCCCCCAUGAAUUAGAAAUAAAUACAUUUUACUUUGCUGAUCUAUUCAAAAUUUAUUAAAAUAAUUAGUAAAAUUUUUGUAAAAUAUAAUUUCUGGCGUUUUGCUUGAAGUUUGCUAUUUUCUGAUUGUUUUUGGACUAAUUCCCCAUUAUUUUUCUGACAAAAAUUUUGGUAGGAGGCAUCCUUUAAGUACAUCAACAAUUUUUAAGCAAUUUUUGACCCCCCCCCCCCCCUGUAAUUAUGUCAACAUUUUUAGAACAACCCCCCCCCAUGAAUUAGAAAUAAAUACAUUUUACUUUGCUGAUCUAUUCAAAAGACACAUAAAAUUGUAGGAAAAAUAUUUUAUUACAUCUUUAGCUUGUUAAUCAACAAGUCAAAAAGUUUACAAUAAAAUUUUAUAAUGUAGAAUCAAUUAAAUUAAUAUCAUUCUUUGUGCAAGUAUUAAUAAAUAUGAUUAUUGUAAGUAUAGCUGACAAUUGUAGUAUAGGUUCUAGUUGCUAUCAAUCUUCUUCCCAUCAAUCCCAUGGAGUAGCCAGGUAUUGGUCUAUCGUAACAAUGGGCGUAGUAGCUGAUUGAUCAUUUUCAUCUUGUGGAACUUAUAUAAAAAACAAGUCAACAUCAUCCUCAUCUAACCAUUCAGCACCUACAAUAGAAGCAUAGUCAGUGUGAGCAAUAAUUGCCAUAAGCUGUCUCUGUCUCCUGGCUGCUACUCACAUUGAUUUUGAUCGAAUCCUUUUUUGUUGGCGAGCAGGUGGUAAUUUCUUAUGCUCAAGAGUGCAUUGUCGGUGCUUUUAAACAUGCUUUUUCAACUUGACUUGUGAUGCAAAGUAUGUUACAGAUUUUGCAAAUCUAUUCAAGCAACGAUGUUAUUAUUGCUAUUCACUUUACUUUCCCCUAAUUCUCAAAAUAUUGUAUUCCUACUCUAUCAAUAUCAUUUAUUAUGAAUGCACUUGACACUUGUCCCAGUUCCAUACCUGCAACAUGAUUGCAAACAUACCAUCCUAGUCAUUUGCGACAAACAGAAUCUACAGGUGAAUAGUUAGUCUUCUCUUGCUCUCGUUAAGUGUGCUAACAUUCUGACCAGCCAUCUGCAGUGCACAGACAUUAAAUAAUCUUAUAUUGUUAAAAGCCUAAAAAUUGUAUGACUAUUUUCAUUUAUUAAAUGUUUUAAAAUAUUGUAAUAACCAGUCAAUUUUUAAAAUCAACAUUUUAAUAGAGAAAAAACAUGAUUGUUGACGUCAACUAAUCUACCCCUCUCCCCCUUAUCAACAAUCGUCACACAUUUCCAAAUGACCCCCCCCCCCCCCCCCAUUUAUUAAAUGUUUUAAAAAAUUGUAAUAACCAGUCAAUUUUUAAAAUAAAAACUUUAAUAGAGAAAAAACAUGAUUGUUGACGUCAACUAAUCUACCCCUCCCCCCCUUAUCCACAAUCGUCACACAUUUCCAAAUGACCCCCCCCCCCCUACCCAUUUUUUUGAAAAAAUUAAUGGACGACCCCUUAACAGUAACAGUUAAAUUAAUUAAAAAUGCUAACAAAAUUUUUUAGCAAAAAAGUUUUAUCUAGAAAAGUGGGGUGGAGGAUUAAAAAUGUUAUAUAAUAUAUUUGUGUUAUAUAAUUUAUUAUAAUAUGUGCACAGACCCUAAUUACUUAGGCUAAUAUUUGAUAACCCUACCACUACUUUGACCAAGCUUAUUAUUUACAAUUUCAUCUUCAAAUAAUGUCUUUAUAUCUUGUAAUUGUAUGUUGUUAAUUCUUAUAUUUUUUAGCCAAACUUUAUCUAGCCUAAUGUAGGUUAUGAUUAUUUAGACUUAUUUAGAAGAUGCAAUUUAAUUAUUGCCUAAUAAGCAUCACUGAACAUUAAAAUCUUUUAAUAUUUUGGUAGAUCCUUGAUUUACCCAUUUCCCCCCUACUAUGCAAGUGAACUAUGAAUAUAAAGCAAGGUUAUGUAAUGGAAGUUUAGAUUUGUUUGUUUGGGUUUUCUGGUAAUAAUGUUAAUUUUAUUCUGUCAAUUUAAACCAAGAAAAAUCAUAUUUAUUUCUCCACUUAUACGGAAAUGAAAGUGUUCUUAAAUCAAUAUUUUAUUUGUAAAAUUUGUAUAAUUAAAAAAAAACAACUCACUAUAAGGAAUUCCCUUUAAAAAUGAAUACAUUUUUGCUCUUUACUUGUUUUUUUAAAUUUUAGAAAGCAGAUGGUAUCAAGACCGCUGCAGGAGCACCAGUGGGGAAUAAAAAUGCUUCACUUACAGUGGGCCCACGAGGUCCUAUAUUGCUCCAAGAUCAUGUCUUCUUAGAUGAAAUGGCUCAUUUUAAUAGAGAGCGUAUACCAGAGAGAGUUGUGCAUGCUAAAGGAGCAGGUGUGUAUCCAUCUAGAGAAUUAAAUACACAAAAAAAUUCUCACAACUUUGUAAUUAUAAUAGGGUGAUUAUGUCAACACUAGACUGUCGAAAGUGUGAAUAUAUGAAAUUUGCAUUAAAGGAAUUUGAGACACUAGGAAAGAGGGGAAAAAAUCCAGGCAUUGUCAGGACGUCUGUCAUAUGGUGCCAUGUCAUGCACUGAUGUGUCUGCACUGCCUCUGGUCAGUGCCAUCUCAAGACAUGGGCACACUUGGCAGUUGCCUAGGGCCUCACCCUUCUAGGGAAUAUCAAGUUGUCCAUAUUAUUAAUGAAUAUUAUUGAAGAUCUUUAGUGACUUUGGUUUCAAAGUGCAGUGGGAAGCAGGUUCCCCAAGGUUUUGUUGACAAGUUUUUUUAUUUUUAAAUAAAUUCCAUGUAUUGGUAUCUCCAAGUUUGCCCUUAGGUCCCCUUUUUUCCCCACUGAAUGAAAUUGUCUGAAAGAAACACUGGUCAAAUUACAUAUGCAAACUUGGGCCCAAAAUGCUUUUGCUAACAUUACUUGGAUAGGGUUAAAGUGGAAUAGGGGUUGUUUGUGCAAUACACAGGGCCCCUCCUGAUGCUGUUAAGAUGGCUUGCCUUUGGUGUAAUAGAUCCCUGUUCUUGUGUUGUACAGUCAUGAAGAAGAAUGUUGUAACACAACAGAGGAGACUGUAUGUACCAUAUGUAACCUAGUCAUAUGGGCAGUUAUAAAUCUAAUGAAUAGUCUUUGAGAUAUUUCCUCUUCCUUGGGUCUAGCACUGUAAGAAUCACCCUUUAUUAGAAAUGUUUUGCAAAGACAAAAAAAACAUACAUCUUCACCUUCCUCUAUAAUUCAUUGCAAUGAACCCAGCAAAGCAUAAGGCUCAUUCUAAAUUAUAAUGUGGGCCAGGUACAGUUGAUGAUAAAGUGAAGUUAUCUAUUCUUCAUGAAAUUGUACCAAGUUCCAGUUAAAGUGCUUUAUAAAAAUUUAAUAUAAAAAAUCAAGUUAUUUGCAAUAAAGACAUAUUACAUUUAAAAAGGGUUUUAUGGGUUGUAAUGGGUUAAGAGAGUGGACACACCUGAAUUUGUGGCCAUUAUUAUUUUUCGGAAAUUAUAUGCAGUCAGAAAGGGAAUACACUCAAUAUUCAUAAGUAAACUCUUUUUUCCCAUGUUCUCUUUAUUGCCCCAUUCUUCACUUUCAAUUCCAAUAUUUUUUCUUUUUUAAUACUCCUUCAUUUUUUUCUCUAUAUUUAUACCUCAAUUUUAGGAUGCACACAUUAUUUUAAAAUGGAUACUAAUCCCAAUUUAGUUUUUUCUAUGCUCUGACUUGUUUUUCUUGAUCUGCAACUAGCAAAUAAAAUCCAGACCAAUGAAUCAGCUGAUUUUUGUUGACUUAAGAAUUAGUACAACAAAACAGCUGCAGUUUGAGGUCAAGGCCACAUGGGCCAUUUGUUUAUAGUAUAAUUGAAUAUUAAUUCAGAUAUGUCAAGGCCUUUGACAAGCAUUAAGGGGAAAGAAAAGCGUGUAAUACUUGUUAAAGUACAAAAUUACUGCUGUUCAUAAUUUCAGGAACCUAGAAUAUUGACCUUUCUGAACAUAAACAAUUUAUAUAGUAAGAAUAAUUCAAGGCCAAGGCACCGAAAGAUAAUAAUAUAAAAAUUUUGAUGACUUAAUGGUGGUUUGAUGGUGGUUUGUCCAACCUGAAGCAAUUUAUAACAUUCACUUUAGAAAAUCUUUUGUUGACUCUGUAUUCAUUGAUCAUUGACUAUGUAACGUACAUCAUUCAUUGAUCAUUGACUCUGUAAAGUAUAUCAUUCGUUGAUCUUUCAUUAUAAAUGCUCAUUUUGCAUAGCAGUCAUUAUAUUAUUGAACCAUGCAAGUCUAUUGCCCAGACCCACAAAUCUCAUCUCAAGAUGUUUGUAACUAUGUAGUGAUUUUACUAUUUAUGAAUCUGUAACUUUUGCAUUCAAUUUAAACUUUAUCAUAUUUUUAACACCCCUAAUUUGAUGGCAAGAGAUGCAAUAUAAAAUAGAUCAUAUAAGAAUUUGGAAUUUCAUCCUGCCAAGUGCCAGACCUUAUCAAUCUCUAGAAGUUGUACUCCUCUACACUACCAAUACAAACUGCACAGCCAUAUUCUUGAGCAAGUUUCCUCUGUAAAGUACCUAGGUGUUACCAUUCAAAGAGAGGUCCGCUGGGACGAGCAUAUUAACAAUGUAUGUAACCAAGCAAACCAAGCCUUGGGGUUCUUAAGGCGAAAUCUAAAGAUUGGCAACUCCUGUGUGAAAGAAAGAGCAUAUAAAGCCUUUAUCCGUCCGAUUUUAGAUUAUGCAUCUUCAGUCUGGGACCCAUUUACCCAGAAGAGCAUUGACAGGUUGGAGGCGGUCCAGCGACGAGCAGCACGCUUUGUCCUAAACCGCUACAGGAAUACCUCUAGUGUUGGCAGCAUGCUAGAAACACUAGGCUGGUCACCAUUGGAGAAACGACGACGACAAUCCAGGCUCUCCAUGAUGUACAAGAUAAAUAAUGGGCUGGUCCACUGUUCCAGUAUUAAACAGAAACUCGUCCCUCUCCCCCAUAGACAGCGACGAGGCCAUGACAGGCAAUUCAGGCUCAUACCAGCAAGAAGCCAGUAUAGGAGCUGCUCAUUCCUGCCCAAGACAAUCAGGGACUGGAACCAUCUUUCAAACGGAACAGUUGAGGCGACAACACUAGACACAUUUGUGUCUAUUGCCUCAAGCCUUCAAACCCCUAGUGCAUAAUUUCCUCAUCACCACCAGUAACAGAAACAUUGCAAAUCCCAUCUACAUGCAUAGGAGCCAAAAUGAUCAAUAAAUUGAUCGUGGGCCCUUAAGAUAUAGAAGAAGAAGAAGAAGACCAUUCAGUGGUUUCCAAACACACACACACACACAUAUAUAUAUAUAUAUAUUCAUAUAUUUUCAGCAACAUGAUCAAGUAAUUUACAGUUAUUAAAUGCAGUUAUUAUCAUUUGAAGAUUAUGAAAUAUUAUGUUUUUAUCUUUUAUCAUAACUUAUGAAGCAAAUAUUUUAAUGGAGCUUGAAAAUGCCACACAUACAGAUUUUUUAGAAUUAUGAAUUUCUAUUAUUGUUUACCUCUUCUUUUACUCUUAGAAUAUUUUUUUGUAAUAUUGUUUAUUACUAUUUUCUAGAGAAUAUUUUUGAUAACGUAUUUACAUUUUGACUUCUGACUUGUUCAGGUGCCUUUGGUUUCUUGGAAAUAACCCAUGACAUCACAAAAUAUAGCAAGGCAAGAAUCUUUGAGCACGUUGGGAAAAAAACACCUCUGGCAGUUCGAUUUUCAACAGUUGGUGAGUUUGAUUGCAUAUUCUAACCAGCUGUGAAGUCGUGGCUGUCCAUCACCAUUUUUUUCUCAUUUUCUUAUAAUAUCACAUAAAAUAACUUAAAAAAUGUGUUUUUAAAUUAUUGGGGGGGGUGUGUGGGGGUUGUUAAAUUUUUGCAUUACAUUCCCAUUGCAAAUAUCUCAGUGCUUUUAAAAUUUAUCUGUUUGAAAUAUUGUCGUUAAAUUUAAUUUUUCCCUUUUAAAUUCCAUCUUUCUGGAGAUUUAGAAACAGUUUAGGCAUCCUUUCCUCAAUGUAAUCACCAUAUAUAUUUCUCUAUGUAACAAUGUUCAUCACUAAUGUGAGGUAAACUAGUGCACAAAAUAAAAUUCCUCCCAACCUCACUAAAUGAGAUUCUUGGUGCAUAAUGUUUUUACUUUUUGUUUUACUGAAAAAGUUGGUGCUAUAAAUCUACUGUUUAAAAGGGAGUGGCACAUUAAAUUAUAAAUAUAAGGGCGGUAGCAUGGGGGUCAGGGUGGUUGGUUAGCACCAAUUGAUAAUCUUAUAAAGUGCAUUACUUGAAUGCAUCUUUUCUCAAGUAGCUUAAGUAGAUGGGAAGCUCAAGCAUUGUGGCCACAGUUUUUUGGCAGACUGUAGCUAGUAUGUUAACAAUUGUUUCAAAUGGCAGAGCAGAACUUAUUAAAGUUACAUAAUAUAAUAUUAAGUAAUAAUUGCAACAUGCAAGGCAUUAAAAUUUUGUGAAACAGGUGGAGAAAAAGGAUCUGCAGACACUGCCAGAGAUCCGAGAGGAUUUGCCAUUAAAUUCUACACAGAAGAUGGUAACUGGGACCUGGUGGGCAACAACACCCCAAUUUUCUUCAUCAGGGAUCCUAUUCUGGUGAGAACCCAAUACUUGCUGGGCGCUUCGUCAAAAAUAAAAUAUCAUUUGUAUUCAAAUUGUUUUUUGGUCGCGUUGGAUUUAGUAAUUUUAAUUAGCUAAAGAAACACUAUCUUUUUAAAAAAAGUAAAAAUAAAGGCGAGUUAAAAAGGUAAUUAAUAAGCAUAAUCUAUUUAUGCUUUUUGUCUCUUAUUUAAAAAAGUAGUAAUAAAAGUUAGUUAAAAAAGGUAAUUAAUGAACAUAAUCUCUUGAUGCUUUUUCUCUCUUAUUUAAAAAAAGUAGAAAUAAUACUAUUAACUUUGUAGUUAAGAUAAAUUCAAGCAGUUGAACAAUGAUUGCUUUAUUGUUAAUAAAAUAUUGUCAAUUAAUCAUGUGGGUAUGUUGAGGAAAUUUCUGUCUUUCAGUGAUAAAAAUUACAUGAAUUUGUUAACACUGAAUUUUAAUGCCGUCAUUCUGUUCUCAUUGUUUAUGAAUUUUCUCUCAAAAGUUUCCAAGUUUUAUCCACACGCAGAAAAGAAACCCCGUCACUAACCUGAAGGUAUGUGCGCCGCAAUGUGGGUUGGUUGUUUAUGACCUAGUUUUACUUCUAUCAAGUGAUAAUUAUGUUGUUUUCUUGGUCAUUGUUGCAUAUCAGUUACUCACCAACCUUUAUUUACCCAUGCACCCAAUGCUGAAAUUUCUGUAAACAAGCCAAUUAAAUGCUGGCAACUAUUAAUGUCAGCCUGCAGCAGAUCCAGAAAUAAAAGGAAAUGGAGUGCACAAUGACAUUAAUUUUUCCAGUGCUGUACAUCUAUUCUAAUGCAGUGGUUCCUUAACGUUUUGUAUCAUACAUCACUACUUGUUCACUAUCAUUUUUAUUAAUAUUCUGAUGGAGCCUUUUUAAAUUAUUACAACUCAUUCAUACCCUCUUCCAUCAACCCCUUCUCAUGAAAUUCAAAUUGUCUUUUGACCAUUUUCUAGAACCCCUGACCCGUGUUGUUACUAUACAUACUGGUAUAGAAAGAUUGAUUUGAUAUAGUGCUAUUAUUGACAUGUAUCCACAACAUCAAUUAAGAAAUAAGAUGUUUGCCAUCCUAGGAUCCUGACAUGGUGUGGGACUUCUUCACUCUGCGUCCAGAAACAACCCACCAGCUAACAUUCCUGUACUCUGACCGUGGCACACCAGAUGGCUACAGGCACAUGAAUGGUUAUGGCAGCCACACAUUUAAGCUGGUCAACAAGGCUGAGAAAAUUCACUACUGCAAGUUUCACUUCAAGGUACAAAACUUUCAAUCCUAGUAGAAGUCUUAAUGUUUGGGGACCAUAAACAAAUAUUGAUCCUUAGGAACUUGAAAGAAUCUGAUUGGGAAUUCUUCCCCUUGAGCAAACAGAGUAUAGAUGGGAGUUCCACACUCUUGAGCUGCAGUUAGAAUUGAGCAAACUAUGGACUGUGUAUGGAUAUUUCAGGUUCCUACUAGUUGAUGUUUAACUUAUGAAGAAAGAAAUUAUUCAUAACCACAUAUUUAAGCAUUUACUUAAAGAUUAUUAAAACAUUUGUAACCUAUGCUGUGGACUCAAAUAUUUUGACAAAGAGUUCUUUUUUCCCCAACCGUUGCAGACUGACCAAGGUAUCAAGAAUCUUUUUGCUGAUCAAGCGGCAUUGCUUCAAGGCACAGAUCCAGACUACUCCACCCGAGACCUUUACAAUGCCAUUGAAGAGGGAAACUAUCCAUCGUGGUCAAUGUAUGUCCAGAUCAUGACUGUCGAGGAGGCUGAGGAGUUCAGAUUCAAUCCAUACGAUCUCACAAAGGUGAAUUUUUCAUCUGUAAUGUUGUAUCUUAAAACCCUUGCAUUUCGAUCAACUUGGUGAGUAUCAUAUUUAUUAUGAGACAUUCAUGGCUUGAGCAAACCCUUUUUCAACCACUAAAAGUCCAAAAAGACAAAUUGACCACCACAAAAAAAAAAAAAAGAAAAAAAAAAAGAUUCAAUCUAGCUAUGUGAGCUAUGUGGAAUGAAUAUGACCUUGACCUUUCAACAGUGAGUACAAUUGUGCCACUGUUUAUCUUUCCUCAAGUCACACCCACACUGACUGUUGGGUCCUUUUUAUCAUCUCAAUUCAUUUUUCAGACAUGUAAAACAUUCUUUCAGUUUGGAAAAUGCAAAGUUAUUUGGGUUUAUGGAGAUAAAUUUUUAUUAAAUUUAUUGGGCACAACAUAUUUCUUUAUAUAAUGCCUGUUAACUUCAUUAGUUUUCUAUUCUCCCCUACUUCCACUAUUAGAACUUUAACUGCUACCAUGAGUAAUACCAUGAAAAAAAUAGUCAAAUCACUCCCUAUAAAGAAACAGUGCAAAUAAAUUAGACUUUUGUUUGGCAGGACCAACAUCUGAUUCCUACAAGCUAGUUUUAAAACAAACAAAAAAACAAACCCUGAAAAUUUUUGAUGAUUCAAAAUUAUAUAAAAAUAUGAACAAUGAACACAUGAAUAUUUACCUUAGUUUUCUAUAAAUGGGAAGUAAAUCUUAUUUGUUAAAAGUUAUUCCCCUUUAUAAAAAUAAAAAAAAAAAUUAAAAAAAAUAUUGAUUCCCAUUUGCAAUAUAAAUUUUAGUAGAGGCCAAUUAUAUUGGUCAUUAACACCACAUAAUCUUCCAUAACAGCCAAUGAUCAGCUGGGUUCAACCUGCUGUAAUAAAAUUAUAUUAGAAUCCCAUCAGUAACAUGAUCUGCAGUCAGUAAAGUAGCUCAGUUUGAAUGUAAAAUUUAAUUAAACUGUUAGAAAUCUAGUUUUAUUUCAUCAAACGGUUAAAAUAUUUUUAAACAAAGAACUAACAAAAAUUAUUUGUGUUCCUUUCAGUUCAAUGUCAGUUUGUCUGCUUGACCUUCUGAUUAAGAAAUAACACUUGAUCACUUGUGAUGUCUUAUUUUUUUUAUUGAUUCAAGAUCUGGCCCCAUUCAGAGUUCCCCCUUAUCCCAGUGGGCCGCAUGGUGUUGAACCGUAACCCCAAGAACUACUUUACUGACGUGGAACAGAUUGCCUUCUCACCAGCUCACCUCGUGCCAGGUGUGGAGCCAAGCCCAGACAAAAUGCUCCAGGUAUGAGUUUCACUUCAUCUCUGAUAAUUUAUAAUAUCACAAAUCUGUUUAACUCUGGCAAUUUUGGCAUACAAUGUAUGAAUUUGAAGUGUCUUUUAUAAUUGUACACCAAGACCUGUCACAACUACGAUUUUAAGAAACCAUGAUGAAAAUAAAUGCAUUCGGGUAGUUUUUCAGAUUGAAAUAUAAUAAUUAAAAAGUACAUUUUCGAUGGUUAGUUUUAACCUGCUUUCUACAUCCAGGAAUGUGCCCAAACAGGAAUGUUAAUUCUAGUUAAUGCUAUUUUAAUAGAAUUAUAUACAGUAGUGAUUUGAUGCAAUAUUAGAAUGCCUCAUGGGUCAUCAGAGGUGCAGUGUUAAAACCCUCUUAUUGUCAUUUGAUUCUCUAGAUAAGGGGUGGGGAACAUCCAUGAAAAUUACAUCACCCUAAGAGUGCCGAGAUGUGCCUGGCUAAGUAAAUUAUAUUGAACAACGCAUUAAGUAUGGUACUGGAAAACUUUAUUUUGGGUCGGGCAGCCGAUUUAUAGCUAGCUAACAGAACCUAUUGUUUUAUAACUUUUUGUAUCACUAUGUGUAAAUCUUGAAAAAUUUACUAAUUGCAAAAAAUAAUUGAUGGUGGAGUAAUAUUUAAUUAUAUUAAUUUGCAUCAUCUUUUUUUCAGUUCAUGUUCUAUAUGUAAUGGGUGGAUAAUAUAUAUUAGUGGGAGGGGGGGAGGGGGGUUAAACAUUUUUUUGUGCCUAGUGUGCAGGCCCUGAUUUUUUUUAUGGCCCGUGCAUGAUGCAAUAAAUAUCCAAAUGGCCCUUGGCAGAAAAAGUUUCCCACACCUGCUCUAUAUCUUCAUCGAUUUUGUAGGAAAUUAUUUGAAGUUUUUUAAACAGUUUUAAUUUUAGCAUAAUUUUAUAAACAAAUUGUAAUGCUAGAUAUUUGUAUAAAUAAUACAGUUUGGGGCACAUAUCCAGAUUUUAUUCCCAGCAUUUUUCUUGCACUAAAUUAAAAGAUUGAAGUCCACAUAGACCAAUCACAGCUAUUUUAUAUAUGAUAUCCGUCUCUAGGGUCGUCUCUAUUCAUACACGGACACUCAUCGACACCGCCUGGGUAGCAAUUAUCUGCAGAUCCCAGUCAAUUGUCCAUACAAUACCAAAGUUACAAACUAUCAGAGGGAUGGACCACAGUGCGUUACAGAUAAUCAAGGUAGGAGAAUGGCACAGUGUACACAUUAUUUCCAGCUGAUCUGGGCCUAAUUUGAAACAUGUAAGACACUUUAAUUGUUAUAAGUUAAAAAUUUGUGUCAUUUAUGUAGUUACUUGCUUAAAACAUACUUUCCCAAUAAUUCGAACAUUUUAUUAUUAAUAGGAAAUUCAAAAUUACCACAGACAAUUAUUCUUUAUCAUUGUGCAAUAUUUGUGGUCAUAUCAUUUUGAGAAGAUGGUAUGUCAUAGUUCAGAAUUGUUAGUUUAAGUGUAUAAGACAGGACAAUUAAGCUGAAGGUCUGUGGUUUAAAUCCAAGAAGUGCCAAAGGUUCAUAAUAGGCCUCCCCCACCUGGUGGGAUAAACUGGUUUCUAUGUUAUGAAAACAAACCAUCUGAAAAUUAAUGUAUUCUUUAUCCUGCAAAGUUUUAUUGUUGCCAUUCACCAGUCAGGAAAGGUUAUCCUAGCCAAUCAUAUAUUUAUGAUUAUUUUACUCUGAAAAGAUGCACAGAUGUUAUGCCUUUGGAAAUCUCAAAGAAAUUUUGUUUCUUAAAAAAAAACUAUAUCUAGGUGGAGCCCCAAAUUAUUUCCCCAACAGCUUCACUGGGCCUGAGGACAUAACUGCCAGCUUAGAGUCCAAGUUUAAGAUUUCUGGGGAUGUCCAGAGAUACAACUCUGCUGAUGAAGAUAACUUUACACAAGUUGGAACAUUCUGGAACAAGGUGAGUAGCCACAGAAUGUUUGCAGGUGGCAUCUCUUAAUCUUGCUUUGAUUCAUCCACGGUAACCUAUUAAAUUAUAACCAAGAAAAAACAUUGUAAUACAAUGAAAAUGUUUAGAAUUGUGUCCAAAAGUGUCAUCCUGGUAGGGAAUCUAUAUUCCAUGGUUUACUCAGCUUUUUUGCUUGAUACUAUUAAUACUGGCCAAACAUGACAGUUCUGCCAUCAUGCUUAGCCGUGUCGUGACUUUUGGAGGCCCCCUGCAACUUUUUCUUUUGCCUGUUGCAUUCUCAUUUGAUAGUUGACAUUUUUUUUAACAUCCCAACGUUGCGUCCCUUAACCCUAUCUGUCAUGUUGCUACCAAAUCCUGCUUCCUUUUUCAAUUUUGCCUGGUGAAUUAAGAGCCUAUUUAUAAAGAGGAAGUUUUUAGCUAAUUUUUGUGGAGAUUUUGCUGUGAGCUUGAUUUUUACAUGUUUGUCUAUUUUUUUAAAUAAUAGUGUGUUUUUUUACAGUUAAUCUACACUUAGAAAAUGGCGUUUGCAUUUCUAGAAUUGCUUCAAGAUGCAAGUGCAUGGGCUUUAGUGUUGAUAGUGAUGAAUUUGAUUAAGAAAUAGAUGAUCAAAAUGAAAGUGAUGUUAAAUUAGUUCAACAUAAUGAUGUCCCAAAUGAGCUAGAAAAUGAAACGAGGGACUAUGUUGAUAGACCUGACUGUUUUGACCAAUUUCAUAGCAAUGAAACAUUUUUUUUGUGUAACUGUUCCUAUUUUAGACUUAAUUAUAUUUCUGAACUGUAUGAUUACUUGUGUUCAUUCAUCCCUGAGACUUACUAUGAAGAGUUGGCACUGCACACUAAUAUGUAAUCAAGCUCCUACAGGCCCCCCAAUACAUGGGCUGACACAACUGUAAAUGACACAAAAUUAUUUUUAAAAAUAAUUUUUUACAAUUUAUGUGUUAUAAAUAAAUAUUUAUUCUUUUAAUUAAAAUUGAGCUUUUCUCUACAAUUAUAUGAUGAUACUUUUAUGAAAGACUGAUCUUUAAAUGAAGAUUUUUUUAAGUCAGCAACUUAUGAAAGAAAUGGAGUUAUUUCUCUUUGCUUGGUACUGAAGUAAUUUCCUUAUGGACGCCAAUGAUCUGAGAGGGUUAAAGUCAAAUAUCCAUGACCAUGCAACUAAAUAAAGAAGAAAUUUUAAACUGAUGUUAUCUUUAGUUCUUGAUCAGCCUCACUUUCAGAAUUUAAAAAUAAUAAUUUAAGUUCUUCCUCAAGAUAACUCACAAUGAGGCUUAGCUAUUUUCUUUUUGGUAUGAAGUGAAGGUUUUCAUUUUAAGCUUUUGAUUAAUCUUUUUCUGAAAGGCAAAUUAAAGUUUCUGAAAAUGAGCAAAGGAUUUUUUUCCGUGUCCAGUUCAAAUUUCAGGAGCUAGUGACAGUGCUGCAGUCUCAAAUAUUUAUCUACAUCAGUGUUUCUCAACCUUUUUUUGGCUCGUGGUCAACGUGAGCAUUGCUUUUGUUCUGUGGCGCCCUCCACCAUCCCCCUUCUCCGUUUAGUAAUAUGAUAUUUCUUUUUAUCAAGUUGUUUUUUUGCCCUCCCAAAGAAAUAUGCUGUGGCCCCCAGGAGAAGAUAUGGCCCACAUUGAGUAACUCUGAUCUGUCUGAUACUUUAUAUCCUUAAUCAAAAGGGGCCCAAUCUUGACAUCUAUUUUGUCCUCUUUACUGUGUGGAGUCCUGUAAAAGACAGACAUUUGCUUUGAUAAACUUAUGUAUAAAACCCUAUCUCAACUUCACUUUCAGGUUCUGUCACCUGCAGAACAGAGCAGGCUUGUUGAGAACAUUGUUGACCAUCUUAAAGAUGCCCAGGACUUCAUCCAGAAGAGGGCAGUUGGCAAUUUCACACAGGUUGAUCCUGAAUUCGGACGUCGUGUCAAGGAGGGACUUGGCAAAGCCUUGUCAGCGGUCAGUCAAAAUGAACUUUUAUUUUACUUUUUUUUGAAGGACAAGCAUCUGAAUCAGAUAUAAUUGUUAUUCUUUUUAGGUCGAUUCAGAAUAUUAACUUGUGAAAUACUUACCUCAUUUUUUUUAUUAUAUGAAGCAGUAAAAAUAUUUUAAGAGAGUUACCUCCGUUAACCAAUCUGAUUCGCAAUUAUGAUAUUAAUUUUGCUAACAGCCAAUUAUAUCAGCCUUAAUGAAACAGCUAUAAUGACUUAUGAUCUGCCUUUAAAACAGCUCAUUUUUUGAGAUAUCUCAUCCAUUUAAAAACUUCCCGUUUUUCAUUAACUCUUUUCUUCUAAACUUAUAAAUAAAUCCAGAUUGCUUGCUUCUGACUCUUCUUUUAAAAACUUUUUCAAGCAAUGUCAUAAUUAAUCCAGUAACAUCAAGCCAAAACUCAUUACUUUUAUUUUCUCUUGCACAUGUUGUCUCUCUGGAGCAAUAUGAAACUGUUACACUAAAACAUGUCAUAAUAAUUUUUCUUUCAAGCUUAUCAAAUUAAUUGACCAACUGGUCAGAGUGUAUUACUAAUACUCGUGUUCUUUAAUUCUACAGGGACAAAGCUCAAACCUGUAAGUUAGCCAAGAACUUUUACAACAGAGAAUCAGAUACCUUAAAGUAUUCGUGAUAUGGCAGCAGCCAUUUUUAUGAAUCUUCUGAAUGAUGGCCAUUAUAUGAUUGAACUUUAUUCUAAUUCAACCUCUUUGACAAUGAACAUGAGCUUAAACAAUUGCAGUGAACAGAAAAUUGAUAUUCGAAUAAACAGAUAAAAAUAUAAAAUUUACUGUAAAUGUAUCAUCACAAAUAAAAGUAAAUUAAUGUCUUAAAAUGAGAUUUUGUUGUUGAUAUAUUGAACUUUAUACUGUCUUACUUUUAAAACACCAAAAGUAAUACUAUUUUAUAGUAAAUGCCUCCCCUCUGAGUUGACCAACUUUUAAAAUGUAUUUACAUUUUCAAUGUUGAGACUUAAAAUUUAAUAGGGUAUAAUUUAGCUAAAAGAAAUAUUUUUAAUUUAAAAUGAAUUUUGAAAUCAACUAAGAUCAUAUCUAUUGUUAAUAAAUGUUAAGGCCUGUUCCUUAAUUUAAAAAAAAAAACUUUAAUAAUUCAUCCAGUGCUUCUGAUAAACUUUUAAUUCCUUAACAACAGAAGGACCUGUUUUUGUUAUGUUGAUUCUUAACAGUUUAACUUUUCUAAUACACUUUUGUGCAGUUUUGGAUUUAUUUCUUUGAAUAAGUUAACAUGUAAUUUACAAAUGCUACAUUUUUUUUUUAUUUUAUGCCUUUUAAAAAAAUUGUUAAAAGUGUAAUUUUAUUAACCUAAUGGUUGGGCAUUUUUGAAAAAAGUCAAAUUUUAAGCUGAUGAAAAAGGAACAGUCUGUAAUUAAGUUAAAUCUCUAUUCUGGUUCAUCCAUUCAAGUGCAGGAAUUACCUUUUCUUUCCUAUCAAUGGUUGCUGCAGAUGCAAAGAAAACUCAUUUUAAAUUUGACCAAUGAAAACAAAGAGAGAAAGGAAAAAAAUUAAAAAGAGUUAUAGAUUUAUCUUGGUGAUGAAUAAUUAUCUAAUUUUUAUGAAUUGUUUAUGACAUUUAAAUAUUGAUGAGAUUGAAUAUUGUUAUAAAUUGUAAUUUUUUAUGUUUUUUUUUUAUAGAAAACAUAAACUUGUACAUUGCUGAGUAAAGAUGAUAAAUAAAAUUUAAAAAUGGCAAACAAAAAAUGGAAUUGUUGGGCCUAUACUACAAUAUUAUGACAAUUAAACAUUGUUGUUGUUAAAAUUGCUUUUGCCUUACAUUAAGUUGUCAUUAGAGUUGUGCAUUAUUUAUAACAUUAUGUUUUAAAUUUACGCUUUUUAAUCAUGCAAAAAAUUAUGCCAUACUGAUCCAAUGGCUUGUCAGUGUAUGUAGAUAAUUUGUUUAAUUAAAUGUGGAUUUAUGUCUCAAGGCAGUCAUAAGUCUCCUAAUUAUUUUGUUUUCUUAUAUAGCAGACUAAUAAUUUAAAUUACCACAAUUAUUGACAUGAUAAACACUGGCCUAUUCAACUGGAGCCUAUUUAUCAUUCAAUAAAAGAUUUUUAUUUUUUCCUUGCAAGUUCAAUUCUCAAACUUGUUUGUUUCGUUUCUUCAGGUUGUCAUUUACUCUUGUGAAAAAAAUAAUAUUUUGUCCGUAGUGAUUUUUGUCUUAUCAGGGCAUAUUUUGUUUUCAAAUGCUAAAUAAUUUUAUUUCCAAAACUGCAUUUGAUUAAUGUUUUCUAUCAAAUAUGCAGAAAUUAAAAGUGAAAUAAAAAUAUAAAAAAUUCUUACAAAAUGUA